ACUCAAGACGUCAUGCGAAAAUUGAGAUUAAUAUAAUCAGUCAGAACAAACACUACUAACAGUCUUAUCUCAUGAUUAGCUGCUUAUAGAGUUUUAUAUUAUUUUCAUCCGUGUAAACUUUGAAACCUUUAUUUCAAACUUCUAUCAAGUGAUCGAUAAUUUUAUUUACCGUCAAUACAUUUUUUAAACAUGCUGUUCCUUAAAAAUAAUUUCGAAAACCACAUUUUUCACAAAGCGGAUUUCCACAACUUAUUUGUAAAUAACGUGUAUAGACGCUACGUGUGUUCAUGUCCUUACUUUAUUUUAAAGCUGAAGCGAUUUAACAACGUUCCGAAUUACAAAGUCUUUACGUACUUGAAUCGCAAAAAUCAAUUUCACAAUCACCUUGUGUACAAAAAAAAAAUAUUUUUAAAAAGUAUACAUUUUUUUACGAUCACAAUUAUUUUUCAACUUGAAAUGUCACCCACAUUUCAAAAGACACUUGAAAUCUGUGGUUAAUCUUAUGUCACGGAAUGUAAAAUAAAGUCAUACAAUUUGAUUUUUAAAAAUUCGCCCCCCCCCCCUCCCACUUUUUCCUUUAAAAAAAAAAAAAAAAUAUUUACAAUUAUUGCUUCUUGAUGGCUUCAUUCUAAUGCAAGGACGAUUUGUGCAGAACAAAACCAGCUCGAUAUUUUAUUAAAGCUAAUCACUCUUGACAGGAUCAACAACGUUUCAAUCCCCAUUAAGUUUAAUACCUGAGUUUCCGUUAGAGCUUAGACUAUCCUUUAAGUCUUGUCCGAUCUUGUUCCUUGCAGAAUUUCAACAGUUCUCAAACACCGUAAAAGGAAAAUACCCGCAUACUCUUACUAUCAAAAUGGCCGAACUCCAGAGAUUGUUGCACACAGAGGUCUUCACCUUUGAGCCACUGAAGGUAUGUGAGUGUGUCACCGUCUUCGUUCAAGCACGCUGCCUUGUGUCACCCUGUCCUGUCAAAUGUCUUCCUGUCCUGUCAAAUGUCUUCCUGUCAUGUCAAAUGUCUUCCUGUCAUGGCAAAUGUCACACUGUCCUGUCAAAUGUCUUCCUGUCAUGGCAAAUGUCGUCACGUCGAGUGUCAUAUUCUCAUACGCUGCAAGGCUCCCAAAAGUUUUCCGUUUUGAAGUUGUGCAUGUGUUGCAUUUUAAAGACAUAGAUUUUAUUUGAAAAGAUUAGUAAGAAUGCUUCUGCUGUUCACUGUGCUGUUCACUGUGCUGUUCACUGUGCUGUUCACUGUGCUGUUCACUGUGCUGUUCACUGUGCUGUUCUCUGUGCUGUUCACUGUGCUGUUCACUGUGCUGUUCACUGUGCUAUUCAUUGAUCUGUUCACUGUGCUGUUCACUGUGCACACAUUGACCCUUUAGUUGAAAAACACAUCUUAUGAGAUGACACCUUAAAGAAAUGGUCAUGUGCUAUAUCAAAUCUAAAAAUCCCCCCGCCCCACCCCCAACCUUUUUUUUAUGACUUCAUAAAGUCAAUGCAUGUUUAUAACUUAACUCUGGGUGUUCAAAGAUUAUUUUUUUUCAUGCGUUCCAGGCUUUACUGUCCGGCGUUGAGCCGUCGACCUCUUCCACAACAACCGUUGGAAACCUAAACGGAAACACAGGUACGUGCAGGUCACGUGGGUCUAAACGAUUUAUGACGGAUUUUUUUUCUCAAAAAAAAACAAAAAACAACUGUGGAUAAUAACUAUUAAAAAUUUACUAUGAAAAGUGCAACAUACCUACCUGCAUUAAAUGAUUACUAUACAGUAUACAGAUUUGAGUAUUACAUAUUAUGUAGAGGCAGAACCAACCCAAAUUUUAAAGCCAUGUUUUUCGGGAUUAAACAUCUUCCCUACUUUGGUGUCGGGGAUUAAGGGCACUGGGGAAUGUGAUUUCAUAUCAGGCGUUAGAUUACACAAGAAUUCCCACAAGUAACUUGUACUUAUGUCUCAUGCUCAUUUCAGGCACACAACCCGUGAACGCCAACGUCGCCCAACCCCUGCUCAACCUGAACAGAUCCUCCCCCGGAUUUAACGCCAACCUGAACACGACCAACCUGAACACGACCGCCACCAUCACCAUCGACAACCAGGGACACGCCAACCUCAACACCAACGUGUCCGCCACUGUGACCCGGGGCCCCACCAAGCAAGAGGUCAGUACCGUACACAUUAUUCUAGGGUUUGCAGGGGGGGGAGAGGGGGGUGAGACUAAUUAUAGACUGAACUACAUAUUUUGGUGAUAGUUAUUUUGUGGUAACCCUUUGGUUAAAGCUUGUUAUGAUAUUAUGCAAAUGCAAGCAUGAUUGCAAUCAAUAAAAAUCAAUGAUGACCACUCAUUGUAUUGAAACAUUUUCCAAUAUUAUAAUUAUAGUUACAAGAAGUUAAUAUACAUAUUUUUUUAGUCUAUUGCAAUAUUCUGGUAUAAAAAAACAACAAAUAAUUUGAUCUUAAUUGUAGAUAUACUUUAUAUAACAUAAACUCGAACAAAACCGAGUGGACUAACACAUUACAUAUCAAAGCCCAUUUGAAACCAAUGCUUAUCACAAACAUAUGAGAACUAUCUAUAGUUCAUAUCCUGUAUUUUCGAUUUAUUUUCUUUCGCGGGAGGGUGGGGGACUCAAAUACAAUUCCACCCCCCGCCCCCCAACCCAGGGCUAUAUAAACUAUGUAGACACAGCUGAUCCUAUUUAUAAAAUAAUAACUACGACCGUUUGUAGCGCCACCUGUGACCUUUGUUGACCUCUUGUUUCAGAUUGAUUUAAACCAGGCGAGGCCGUCUCCACAGCAGGCAACAGCUGACAGCAACGCUAAUCUCACCGACGUGGCUCACCUUCUUGAUGUGGUAAGUUCGUUUAACUACCCUUCACCGUGAAUGGACUGUUGCAUAAAACGCUAAAGACUCUUCCUUAAUGGACUAUACACCCCCCCCCCCAAAUCUCUCCCAUAAACGACAUUAGAGUGUUCCACACUAUGGGCAGUCCACAAUAAAAAAACGAUGUGAACAAAUUUCCUAUUUAACAUUCAGCGAAGAAAAGUAGAGUUAGAAACUAGUCAUACAUUGACAUAUUAUGAAUGUGUGGUUGAUGUUUGAUGUUGAUUGAUGCAUGGUGGUUGUUGUUGUAUGGGGGUUGAAUAAUCUUGAUUGAUGUGGAUGAGAGAGUGAAAGGCCGAUUCCCCCCCUCCCCCACCCUACUGAUACCCAAACUAACCCUUCUCUCCCCCCCCUCUCCACAGGUGCACGAGGCGCCAUCAGAUGGUCAGAAAGACCUGAUCAACCAAGUGACAGACACUGUUGUCGACGCCCACCUGGCCACCACCGUCAACACACAGGCCAACAUCUUGGAGGCCAACGAGAGAAUCGACAAAGAGAAAGACGCCCCUGAGCAGGUCAGUUCUCGCGCCACAAACGCUUGUAUAAAUAGAAUGAUGACGUGACAACCUAUCCCCAUGUGAUUAACAUAACAUUUUUUCUUAAGCUUUGAAUAUAGAAUAAAUUAAAAAUCAGGCUUACAUUAUAUGCAAGGGUGGGGUUACUGUUCUUAAUGCCACAUUUUGUUCAUUUUCUUACAAUAUGUGAACAUAUAAAUAUAUAUAUUAACAUAUGUAUAUAUAGAGAGAAAGAGAUAGAUGUUACAAUUUUUGAAUUGUUACUUAUUAAAACUAUUCAUUAGUCCAGUCCCCCCCCCCCCGGGGCCAAAUUUAAAAUUGAUAUGCUUGUUAAUAUAUAUAUUAAAAUAUGUAUAUAUAGAGAGAAAGAGAUAGAUGUUACAAUUUUUGAAUUGUUACUUAUUAAAACUAUUCAUUAGUCCAGUCCCCCCCCCCCGGGGUCAAAUUUAUAAUUGUUAUGCUUGUGGUUCCAAGAAAAUCUCUCAAGUGUAAAGCUUCACUUCUUUUCAACUGUCCCAUCUCGCUUCUUUCCAGCUUGACAACGCCAGCCCGUCUGUCCUCUGGCAACAGUUCACAUCUGCCAUGCUGCCCGAGCUGACCAAAGUGGUCAACUUCACCAAGAAGCUCCCCGGGUUCUCCGAGCUGAACGCCGAGGACCAGGUCCAGCUGAUCAAGCAGGGUAGCUUCGAGGUCAUGGUGGCCCGCAUCUCACUGCUCAUCGACGAGAUCAACCAGGAGAUGCUGGACCCCCAGCUCAAGCUCAAGUGUUCGAGGUGAGCAUCAUCGGAAUGUGUGUGUGUGUGUGUGGAGGGGCGUGGUGUCUCUGUAUGUUAGUGAAGUUGGCAUCGGAGCGCGAAAAAGAAGCUAAUUAGUUUGAAGAUGCUUGGAGCUCCUGACUCCAAUCUUUAAGGAGUGCAUGAAGCUUACAGUCGAAAUUAUUACAACUAAUCAAACUCAGAUUACAGCCAGCGUCAGUAUAUCGCAAGAGCUAUGUCUCUAAUUCAUGACUCUUUCUACGCCCACAGAAAUAUCGUCCGCGAGAUGCCUAUGGGUCCACUCAUUGACCAGAUGUUUGAGGUGGCCGAGCAGUUGAACCCCAUGCGUCUGACAGAUGGCGAGAUCGGUCUGUUCACGGCGGCGCUAAUUAUAACACCCGGUAGGUACCUCAUCUCUGGACACAUCAGUCACGCCCCCCCCCCCGGUUUUUUGUGUUCCCCAUUAGUGCUUUAGCUCUUGGGUGAAAGGCGUUACCGUAUGUCCUCAGUUAUUUAAUUGUCGCUCAUACAGAUUUUAAUUUGAAACAACUUUUAGGUCAGAGCCAGCUUUAUAACUUUUACCCUUUUAAAAGGGUGUGGUUUCAUAUGAUUAUAAUGUUCAGCAUUUUAGUUUAAGACAACAUACGAUGAGAAUAUAUUGCCGCAUUUCUUAGCACAGAUUUAGUCAGUCAUCUAAAUGGCUUGCGCUAGAUCUGUAACUGGAUCAUCUCUGAACAGACAUUAACCAGUUUCGUCAUUCAUGUUUCCUUGCAGAACGAUCAGGGCUUAAGAACACCACCGCCGUCCGAACGAUCCAUCGUCUGUUCCUUCAAGCCCUCUACUGCAGCUUGAAGCAGACUCAUGCUGGUGAGUACCCAUAACAAGUCGGGAGAUGACUCUCGCCGCACUUCUCUGCACUUUCUCUCCUCUCUUUCUCUUAUUUCUCUCCUCUAUUUCUUUUAUUUCUCUCCUCUCUUUCUCUUGUUUCUCUCAUAUCUUUCUUUAAUUUUUCUCCUCUCUACCCCAAAUUAUAUGUUCUCGUAUCUUUUUCUCCACUACAUACUAAUUUAACCCCCCACCCCCCAUCCACACCGUCUCUCCCACCCAACCCCUUUAACAAACUUUCCCCCUCGUAAAUUCACCAAAAAGCUUUCACUCAUAAUCCUGCAUAAAUCUACACACAAGACAUUCCUCGUCGGCCAGUAUUAUCCAUCUGUCACAUCAGGCUGUCAACAGUAAAUCAUAUUAACAGCUGACAGAAAUCCCUAUUAGAUGUUUUGAAAUGUCGCGUUGGGGGGGGGAGGAUUGGGGGAGAUGUGGUAGGCGGGAUGAAAUCAAUCUCAGCUAAGUGCAAGACGUGGACAGGGAAGACGCGAAAAAAAUGGCGCCCCUAGUAUUUAAUGACCCAAUCGAAGCCAUAAAUCUCGGCUUGGUUUCACUAUUAAUCGUGCUCGUCCCCCCCUUGUCUCCUUCCAGACGCUGACCACACGUUCAGGUCCCUGCUCAGCCUGCUGCCGCUGCUGAAGAACAUCAACGAAUCUCACACGAGAUUUCUCAACAACAUCAAGGCCAAGUCUCCGGCGAUGUUCUCCUCUCAGUUCCCUCAGCUGCACAAAGAAGUUUUUGAUAACUAAAGGAGGAAGGGUAGCCCUCUUUAAGGAGAAACACAGUUCUCUCCCGACACGGAUCCCGUUCUGGUGUUUUCAAAUUUUUUUUUUUUUUAAAUUUAAAAAAAAAAUAUUUUUUUUAAACGAGACAUUAUGGACCAUUUUUAAAACUCCACAUCUGAUGUCCGUGACCCCGAAAAGGCUCUUGGACACGAAACCUGUGCAAUGUUUACAUCAGACGGCAGAGGCCCCUGGUGGGGGUCUAGUGAUAUGGUAAACUGGAUAGUAACCUCGAUUUGAUAUAACAGUGGUUGAGUUCUCAAAUUGACGAUUUAUAGUUAUAUACCCGUAUGUUGCAAAUGUAUUCGCAGAUAUUGACAUAUACAUACUUACACCAACUAGCAUUACUAAUUUAAUGAAUAUACUCUUAUUAUUUUAGGUAGUCGUAAUUAAAACUCGAGGUUCAGUGGUUUCCAAGUUUUAUGUUCCUGUUGCGCCCCAUUUCAAUAUUUAAUUAUCUAGCAUUGUCUCCUAUCUUUUUUUAUGAAUUAUUAUAGAGGCUUGUGAAAGCAUGUAUCAAUAUUAAAACUUUUUGAGCCCCUCUGUCCUCUUUGAAACAGCUUGGAAACCGCUGUCCCGGUUGGCUGAAGUUGACUUUAUUUUCAUUCUGUUUUAAACUCUAGCCAUUUUCUUGUUUCGCCCCAGCCAUGAGCCAAUAUUUGUCUACCAUUAAAUGAUAUGUUUGUCCAUCUGCUUAAAAGCACAGACCUUCAACUUAAUAUACACAAUUAGGGAGAUGGCUACACAAUAAUAAUACAUUGGUCGAAAUUGGGCGGGGG